GGGGCCUUUAAAUUUCAAGGCUGGAGGGGACAAAUGGUGAGAGCACCAAUCUGAUCAACGGAGAAUAGCAGGUUUGGCAAACCAACAGAACCUCCACGCAACGACCAAUUUGGCGGAAUGGAGCUAUAUGCCACGGGUUUCAAUGCCUGGAAUCAACUCCGAUUUGGGGGACCCGAUGCUUCGCCCGAGUCGCAAGAUCCAGAUGAUUUACAUGGCUUCAAACUUGUGCUGAGAAAUAGCUCCUUUGAGCCCCCACAUGCUUCCCUUUCCUGCACUCUAGUAAAGACUCCUUCCAGCGUCCUGUUUGCAGGGUAUCCUGAUGACUGGGUAAAGCUUCAUGAUCUCAGGGACAAGAUGAUUCAAUGUCUUGCCGCUAUUGCCGGGAAUGGCAUCAUUGCCGUCUAUAGUGAGGGGAGCGUCCAACAGUACCAGUCAUUAGCCCAUUACAAAGCAAUGAAGGGCCGAACAGUACUUUCAGACUGUGAAAUUAACCAGAUCGUUGCGUACGAGACAGGCUUCGCAGCCCUGUCGGCGGGCCAGGUAUGGACGUGGGGAGACGAACGGUAUUGCGCAUGCCUUGGACGUGAAGUGUCGGAAUCCAGCCCGGCAGAAAAGCCAUGUUUAGUGAUACAGCUGGAAGGCCUGCCUACAGGGAGGAUAAGAAAGCUGGCCGCGGCAGGCUAUCUCCUCACGGCAAUAACAGAAGGUGAUGAUCUAUAUGCUUGGGGUGGUCAUCCUGGACGGCCUGUUAUCAUCGAAGGUAUUUCUGGAAGUCCAUCGCCCGUCUUGGUCGAAGAGAAUGACAUACGAGAUUGUGCAGUUGGGGAAUUUCACGUCAUCGUCCUCACCUCGCAUGGAGAUAUCUUCGUUAUUGGGGACAAUGUCAAUGGUCAGCUUGGCUAUCCAAUCGAGAAGGCAUCGUCAUGGACCAGAGUACCUGGAAUAGCAACAGGCUCAACCAUCUCAGCCGUCGUGGCCGGCCUAAGGAGUUCGUUCAUAGUAGUCGUUAUUGCCAAAUGA